AUGGUGCUGUCACAAGUACCCCUAGAGGUGGAAGCUAUGGGGAGCCGAGAGACUCAGGAGCCCAGCUGGCUUCACCCAGUGGAUCCCGCACCAGGGCUGCAGGUGGAGCUGCCUGCCAGUUCCGUGAUAUGCGCUCGCACUCCUCAGCCCUUGGGUGAUCGAUGGGACUGGGCGCCGUGGAGCAGGGGGCGGCGCUGGUCGGGGAGGCUCGGGCUGCACAGGAGCCCACGGAGCGGGGGGAGGCUCAGGCAUGGCGGGCUGCAGUCCCCAGGCCUGCCCCGCGGGAAGGCAGCUAAGGCCCGGCGAGAAAUCGAGUGCAGCGCCGGUGGGCUGGCACUGCUGAGGGACCCAGUACACCCUCCGCAGCCGCUGGCCCGGGUGCUAAGUCCCUCAUUGCCCCGGGGCCGGCAGGGCCGGCCGGCUGCUCCGAGUACGGGGCCCGCCAAGCCCACGCCCACCCGGAACUCCAGAUGGCCCGCAAGCGCCACGCGCAGCCCCGGUUGCCGAUCGCGCCUCUCCCUCCACACCUCCCUGCAAGCUGAGGGAGCCGGCUCCGGCCUUGGCCAGCCCAGAAAGGGGCGCCCACAGUGCAGUGGUGGGCUGAAGGGCUCCUCAAGUGCCGCCAAAGUGGGAGCCCAGGCAGAGGAGGCGCCGAGACCGAGCGAGGGCUGUGAGGACUGCCAGCACGCUGUCACCUCUCAAAAGUAUUCAUCUGGCCACACUGUGUCGCCCAGCCUGGAGUACAGUGGCACAAUCACGGCUCACUGCAGCCUUGACUCCUCAAGCUCAAGUGAUUCUCCUACUUCAGUCCCCUGAGUAGCUGGGACUAUAGCCAGUUUCAGACGUUGGAAGCUGGACCUGCUCUGCCCAGAAAGCCUCAUUAUGAAGAGAAGGAAGUACCCAGCAUCCCAGGAGUCAAGUGUUAGCUGACCCAAUUAUUCACAUGUUGAAGACAGGCAAUGGCAAAAAUUGGAAUGGAAAAAAAUAAAAGAGACCCAAAUCCUCUAUGACAGCCAGGAGGUAAUGAUGGAGCAGUGGUGAGAACCACUGAAUGCCACAGGCCUCAAAGGAAGAAAAAAGAGCUUUUGAAUGAGGCAAACUGCUGCAUGGAUAAGAGGCAGUCUGGCCGCAUGAGAAGGUUAAUCCUUGAGCAUCCUUCUCUUGGGAUUUUCUCUGGGAAAAUCCCAGUUUCACUUCCAGAAAGGUGUAUUAGUUUCUUUGGGCUGCUAUAACAAAGUACCACAAACUCAGUGGCUUAAAACAAGAGAAAUGUGUUCUUUCCCAGUUCUGGAAACUGAAAGUUUGAGAUUAAGUGUUGGCAGAGCCAUGUUUGCUCUGAAGGCUCUAGGGAAGAACCCUUCCUUUUCAUGUCCUGGCUUCUGGUGAUGUCGGCAAUCCUUGCAUUCCUUGACUUGUAGCUAUAUUGCUCCAGUCUCUGCCUCCAUUCUCUUCCCUGUGUCCCCUCUGUGUCUUCAAAUCUCUCUCUCCUUGAAAGGACACUAGCCAUUGGAUUUAAGGCCGUCCUAGUUAAGAAUGACCUCAUCUCAACUUGAUUACAUCUGCAAAGGCCCUAUUUCAAAAUUCAGUUACAUUCAAAUAGACUGGGGUGAGGAUGUCAAAAUAUCUUUUUGGGGGACACAAUUCAACCUACAGCAGAAAGGAGUAGAAGCAACAUCGUGUGAUCAGGCUGAAGGAGAGAUGAAUUAUUUAUAAUCGAGUGAGGACUUCAUAGAAUUAAACAGAAAGGAUUAGACAUGGGUUAUCAAGAGAUGACUGUCAAAAGGCAGGAAGCUUGGAAGAGAUAGUUGUAGCACUGAUGCUUAUAAAGCAGAGAUCUGAAAGUUGAAGGUCCCAGGGAAAAGCCAGAUGAUGUCAAUGAGUGAAGCAUCUGCAUGGGGUGUGUAGUGAAAUCUGAAAGCAGCCACUGCUCAGCUCCAGCUGGUUGCUGUCACAAGAGAAUAGACCCCAUGUUGUCAGAUUUUUCAAAAAUAAGCAGUACACUCAGAUUAUGUGGCAUCUCCUGAAUUUAAAAUGAUGACAGAUAGUUACACAUGUUGAUGAAGUGUAGAGACUACAAACCCUGAUGCUGGCUGGAUUUGUACCAUGGAUGGUCAAGGAUCACAUAGCUAGGAGAGGCAGGGUAUACAGGACAGGCAGGAUAUACAGGACAGGCAGGCAGGAUAAAAAUGGAAUGCACAGCUCAGUGUUCUCAUUGGCAUGCCACUGCUCUCCCUGGUCAUAUGGAAAGCUGUUAGGAUGCAGAGUCUAAGCCCUGGUGGUUUCUGCUGAGCAGGCUGCCAGAAACAGAUGGUUUUCUUUUUGUUAGAGAUAAUCACGACUUCUCCCUCUAAAGAGCUUACUGUCCAUUUGAGUGGAGAAAACUGCUGUACUUGAGAUGGGAGAUUUCUUGUGCAAAUCACCUGUGUAGCCAGAGCUUCUCAGGUUGAGUAGGAUUUAGGCAUGCAAAGGAGGUGGCCUCACUCAGUGUCCUCCAAGAAGGGAAAACAGCAUGGAGACAAGCAGGGAGAUGGUGUGUGCAGGAAGAGUAAAGAGCCCACCUUGAAUGUAGGAUGUCAGGAGAUCAUGGGAAGGUCUCCCAGUGUUGUCUGUUCUUCUUCUCCCCCUCCAGGUUCACUCUCUCCCUUGCUCUGGGUCUCAGGAUGCUGGCGUCUAGGGACUGAACCCACCAGGCUCCCUUGCCCUUUGACGUCUGCUUUAGUUAAGCUAAUGGGAGGUACCAGCAAGAGAUAAGAGGGCUGGAGGGAACUGAUCAGGGUAUUUAUUUCCCAAGCACCCUUUUUGUUGGGCUGUGGGUUGGCAGCAGGGGUCACUGGGCAGCCCUUUUCUUCAGCUGUAGAUCUUACUGGAUUUCUAUAAAUGCUUGUUGUUCUUGCCUUGUCAGGCCCAGGGGUGGUGGCAGCUCCCUGCCAUUUGCCAGCUGCUGGGUGCUUCACCAUCCCUGAGUCACCUCAAUCCCACGCUCUUCUUUGUGAAUUGUCCCUUCAUUAAACUCUCCUCAAGUAUUCUGUUUGAGUGUGCCAUGUAUUUCCUGCUGAAGCGUUGAAUUAUGUGUACAGAAUAAAUAUAAAUGUAAACAAACAAACAGGUAUACCUUGAAGAUAUUGCAGGUUUGGUUCCUGACCACUAUAAUAAAGUGAAUGUUGC